UCUGCUGGGCUAUGUCUCAUUAUGAAAGGAGGAAUAAGGAAAUGAACAGAAGUGAAGUGAGAGAAGUGAACAGUAGAGUGGCUCCUAUGGAAACAAUGGUAAACAGUCCUGCUGAGAGGAGAAGAGGACUAGCAUUCAUUUUCACAACAGUGGUACAGAGUCACAGAAUCGCACUGGAAGACUCCUGUAAGCUGGUGAGUGGCAGGUUCUGCGCAACUUCGAGACCCAUGAUCGACUGUAGAGUAGAUUGACGCCAAAGAAUGACAGAGCAAAAGGAGUCAGAAGACAGAAAAUGGAGGAAUAUCACCGGCGCCGACUUAAAAAGGAUGUGCCCUCAGCAAAGAGCUCGACACCUGGCUUACGCUGAGCCCUCCAAGGAGGCAAAAGGAUGGAUGGCGGCGUCAAGGCAGCGGGUUCACGCUCGUCUGGCUCAACAGAAGGCAGAGCGAAAUCCUCAGCGAGUCUUGGACUCAAAGUUGCAUCAGGAUGAGCUCAUUGGUCAAUUAAAAGCCACUGAGGCGCGGAAUAGGAUUCGGCAAAUGAGGCAGCAGUACCACAACUUAAAGGCACAGGAAAUUAACUUAAUGAUUUCAUGUCAGCCCAGUGCACAGAGCGCUGUGCGGCUAGAGCUUCUGCUUCAGGCACAGGAGAAGAAGAAUAAGAAGACAAAUAUCUCAGACGGUCUGGAUCAGCUACAGAGGCAGAGGGUGGAGGAGAUUCUGGAGGAUGAAAAGGGCCUAACUAUAAUCAGAGGAUGAACGGCGGCACAGGGGGAAAGCUCUUCAAGCAGCAACACUCUAAAAAUGUUCAAAUAUAGGAAGAUGACGCACAUUUCUGUAUUUUAUCUGGAAUCAACUUUUGACAGUAUGAUUUUAUGUCAUUUUUUAAAAUUAUGAAUAUAAAAGCAGCACUUUAUUAAGAAUACAAUACGAUUUGUAAUAUAAAAAAAUAAUAUCCAAAAUAUAUUACACAUAAAUAAAAUAAACCAAUUGUUGUGU